AUGAGGUCGUUUUUGAUAGCAGCAAUCUUGGUUCUCUUUUUACCAAAAUCACCAAAUGCAAUUGGUGAUCCUGAGCAUCAUCAUGAAGAUGAUGAAGCUUGGGAUGACUAUGAGAUUAACAUGAAUAAUGUUGUUUAUGUUGAAGACUACGCUGGUGAUGGCAACACUGAUGAUGACAACGACAGCCAUGUCGAGUACGAGGAUGACGGGGACAUCAAUGAGUUAGAUGAUGGCGAUGAUGACGACGACGACAAUGAUUGUAAAUUAAUCUCAAAUAUUUUACAAAAAAAGAGAUUAAUUCCAAACGGAAUUUACGACAUUGAAGAAAUGCAUGCUGAUUAUCGAGAAUUGGUGGAUUCAAACGACAUUUUUACCUUUGAUGGUCGUGAUUACUAUCAUGUUCAAGAUGAAGCUAUAGAUGAAGCUGAGGAGGUUGAUGAUGGCAAAGAAGAAACAGACGACGACGAUGAUAAGGGACAGUCCUGA